GCCCCCCCCCCGGCAGCCGCCGCCAUGGACGACAUCUUCACGCAGUGCCGGGAGGGCAACGCGGUGGCCGUGCGCCUGUGGCUGGACAACACCGAGAACGACCUCAACCAGGGGGAUGACCACGGGUUCAGCCCCCUGCACUGGGCCUGCCGCGAGGGCCGCUCCAACGUGGUGGACAUGCUCAUCAUGCGGGGGGCGCGCAUCAACGUCAUGAACCGGGGGGACGACACCCCCCUGCACCUGGCGGCCAGCCACGGCCACCGCGACAUCGUGCAGAAGGUACCGGCCCCACGGCCCCUUCCCCACCCCCCCCCACUGCCCCCAGCCCUGCAGAAGAAGCCCGAGGAGAUCAACCGGCGCUCGGCCGACAUGUGGAGCUUCGCGGUGCUGCUGUGGGAGCUGGUGACGCGCGAGGUGCCCUUCGCAGACCUCUCCAACAUGGAGAUCGGCAUGAAGGUGGCCCUGGAGGGUCUGCGCCCCACCAUCCCCCCCGGCAUCUCCCCCCACAUCUGCAAGCUGAUGAAGAUCUGCAUGAACGAGGACCCGGCCAAGCGCCCCAAGUUCGACAUGAUCGUGCCCAUCCUGGAGAAGAUGCAGGAGAAGUAACACGGGAGGCGCCUCCCGGCCCCCCCUGCUUUCCCCCCCGCGCCCCCCCAAAGUGCCUUCCUGCGCCCCGCAGCCCGGGGGGAGCCGGGACCGUCCCCCCCAGCCACGGACACACGGUACAGACGUCGCUGCCCCCCCGGGAGCUGCCCCGCG